CAACCCACAACCCAGGAGCUCAGUGGCGGAAGGAAGAGUCAGAGCUCGCUUAUGAUGAAACACUAUAAUCUGACCUAAAACUGAGUCUGAGCUCAGAAACCUGGAUUACUGAGGAUCUACAGCCUCACCUGCCUCACCUGCCUCACCUGGAGGAGGAGAGGAGCUGAGAUAUGAGAGCGGGCUGUGCUGAGAGCGGGUUAGCAUGUUAGCGGUGUGAGUGUGUGUGUGUGUGUGUGUGUAGCUUUUAGUUGAGGAACUGCUAAAGCAGCAUGUUCCAGAAGACCUCCUUCACCACCCUCAUAGUGGGGGUCUUCAUCGUCUACGUGCUGCACACCUGCUGGGUGAUGUAUGGCAUAGUUUACACCAAACCCUGCGACAACCCCAAGAGUGACAAGUGCAUCAGCCCUUACCUGGCGGGAAAGCCUCGUCUGCAGCUAAGCAUCUACACAGCAUUACGACCCAACACUGAAGGUGGCCACAGUCUGAUCCACAGAGAGGAGGAUUUUGAUGUGAACACCAGAUUUGAGAGGUUAGUAAAUGUGUCUUUGCCCAAGAAGACACGUAAGAAUGGAACUCUGUACGCCAUGGUGUUCGUGCACCAGGCAGGAAUGUCGCCGUGGCAGGAUCCCCGCCAAGUGCACAUGGUGACCCAACUCACCGCCUACAUGCUACCCAAACCCCCUGAGGUCAGCCUGAUCACAGGCGAGGACGAGGCUCAGCAACAGAAACAGGAACAGAAGAGCACCCCUGGCGACGACCUGCUGGACCGUCCCGUGUCCCACUGGCGCUCCCGUCUGACACUGAACAUCGUGGCCGAGAACUUCCUGUUCGAUCGUGAAGCCCUGCCAAGCGACGUGCAUCGCUACAUGAAAGUAUAUCAGAGUGGGAGGAAAAUGGUGUACCUGCCGCUGCUGUUCAUCGAUCAGCUGAGUAACCGAGUGAAAGAUUUAAUGGAGAUCAACAGCAGCACCACUGAAAUGCCCCUGACCAUUUCUUAUGAUACCAUCGCUCUGGGCAAACUGCGCUUCUGGAUCCACAUGCAGGACGCUGUUUAUUCUCUACAGCAGUUCGGCUUUACUGAGAAAGACGCAGAUGAAAUCAAGGGCAUAUUUGUGGACACCAACCUGUACUUUCUAGCUCUCACCUUCUUUGUUGCUGCUUUUCAUCUCUUGUUUGACUUCUUGGCGUUUAAAAAUGAUAUCAGCUUUUGGAAGCAGAAGAAGAGCAUGGUGGGGAUGUCCAGUAAAGCAGUACUGUGGAGAUGUUUCAGCACCAUAGUGAUUUUCCUCUACCUGCUGGAUGAACAGACUAGUCUGCUGGUGCUCAUUCCUGCUGGAAUAGGAUCUCUGAUCGAGGUGUGGAAAGUAAAGAAAGCCUUCAAAAUCUACGUUAUAUGGAAGGGAGUAAAGCCAGCAUUCAUGUUUGGCAAAUCUGAUGAAUCGGAGAGAAGAACAGAGGAAUACGAUAGUCUGGCGAUGAAGUAUCUGUCAUAUCUGCUGUAUCCACUCUGUGUGGGUGGGGCAAUUUAUGCACUUGUGUUUGUGAAGUACAAAAGUUGGUACUCCUGGCUUAUCAACAGUUUAGUCAAUGGGGUUUAUGCUUUUGGAUUCCUCUUCAUGCUACCUCAGCUCUUUGUGAACUACAAGUUAAAAUCAGUGGCUCAUUUACCCUGGAAGGCCUUUAUGUAUAAAGCGUUCAACACCUUCAUCGACGACGUCUUCGCCUUCAUUAUCACUAUGCCAACCUCCCAUCGGCUCGCCUGCUUCAGGGAUGAUGCUGUGUUCCUCAUUUACCUGUAUCAGAGAUGGCUCUAUCCUGUUGAUAAGACCAGAGUGAACGAGUAUGGCGUGUCUUAUGACGAGGACCUAAAAGGAAAAGCCCACAAGGAUUAAACUCCUUACAGCUCAGAGUUUUCUAAGUCAGCCUGCUAAACAUCAACACCAGAGAGGACGGAGAGGACGGAGAGGACAGUACACAGUGCAUUAUGGUCUGCGCAUACUGGGAACACUGGGUGAUCUGCAGACUGGACUGGGGAUUUUCAUCUGUGGAGUGAUCGACUGUGACCAACAUCUGUCUCUUCCACCUUUUACACUCUUACAUUUCCUGUCCUGAGUCUGACAAACUGAUUUCAUUGUCCUUAAUUGGAGAUGAAACAUUGCAUUGUUUUAUUUUUCAGUACUGUAUGAGCUGCUGGGCUGACAGGUUGCUAAUACGAUUGGGUUCAGUUUGAUGUAGGUUGGAAUUUUGCUGAUUGUUAAUCACGGUUGUGCGUCUGAGGCACAAGUGAGUGAGUUAUCAAUGAUUUGAUCAAUGAUCUGUUGUUCCUCAUCAGAAAAUCAUGAGGAAAAUAAGCUCAUUUGAAGACAGAAGUAUUUUCGACAGGUACUCUUUGAUUAUAUCUUUAUGAAAAUAGUGUUUUUGGAAAUAUGACUUUUAUCAUACUGGUGCCAAAUGAACUGAUGUUGUAAUUUCUCAUAGUUAGUCAUAUUAAAGAGGGGGAGACCGAAAGUUAAAAUAAUGGUUAAACUGAGAAAGAUGGACUGAAAGAGGAAAAAGCACAGGUCUGACGAGUCUGUUGAUGUGUAUUUGGGGUGAGAAUGGCUUGUUGUGUGUGAGUUUGUUGUACUAUAUUCCACUGAAGUGUUUAACGGGACUCAAAUGGUGAUUUGUUUGUGAAGUCCAAGCUUCGAUUCACGCGAUAAAUAUUUUUAUUUUCUGCUUAAAACUGCAACUUUUAGUGCUUUUUGAAGUUUUCCAGAAAUUGUAAGUCACUAACUGGGUCCACAAUACUAAAAAAUGUAAUAAAUGGUGGUGACCAAAGGGACUGUGAUUUGGACUGUGUACCAUUCUUAAUGUGAAAAUUAUUUCCAACAAUUCUGGUACUUAGAUUUCUGCUGUUGUGAGAAUCAGAGCUCAUUUCUGGACCAGAGGGAGGGGAAGAUAUUAUAAUAUUAUGCUUUAUGUUUAUGUUUUUGAUUCCUUUACUAAUGUGGCCUAUUGGGACCAUCUGCUGAACACCUUCUGCUGUAUGGCCUGUGUUUGGAGCCGUGCUUUUUCAGCUACUUUAAAAAAAAUACCCACAAAUAAAUAAAAGCCUCCAAAACUCC